GGCUGACAGCUGACUCUGGCCCCCUACAAAGUUCCUUCCACCUGUGGGUGGGAAGGGGAAAGAAUUCAUUUUAUUUCCUCCCCACCUCUUCUUUUCACCUAUUCUGGGAGAGGAAAAAAGCAGGGGGUGACUAGAACUAGGGCUCACAGUUUAAAAACAAGAGUUCUCCUUUUUAAGAUUGAGGAAUUGUUCAGACCUUCACUCUUUUCUUGGCUAUCGGCAGACCCUGCUGUGGAACCAUCUCCAGAGUAAGCCAACAAGGGUCUGAAAUUCCAUGUGCAGAUUGUGUUGGACAACCAGGGAAGAACUAAGAUGGAACUGGGCAUGCUGAUAUAUUGUGAAUCUUAGUGCCCUAGAAGAUGCAAGCUCUCAGACACUCGAGAGCAACUGGAUGAAGGAUGUGAUUGGAGUGAAGCAAAAUGGCGAAGCGGAAGAGAGGAUAUGAUGUAAUGGCAGCUGGGAAGAAUAUGAAGUACGAUUCUCUGGUGCUUUUGUGCGAAUGGGGUUCGUGCGGAUUCACUGCAUCUGGAAUGGAAGAUUUCAGCAACCACAUCGCAGGGCAUUUAAAGGACCAAGUCCAAGGGGUUGAAAAUGACAUUGAACCACAAGAGGAGCACCAGUGCCAGUGGGCAGAGUGUGGGUUCUACUCAGUAGAGAGUUCAGCUGACCUGAUCCGUCACGUUUACUUUCAUGCCUACCACACAAAACUGAAGCACUGGGGCCUACAAUCUCUGCAGGCUCAGACUGAACUCGAACACUGUUUACUGGAUCAGCAGAGCCGCAAUGUCAUUCCAGAAAUCCCAGAGAGCUUUGUUUGUCUCUGGGGCCAUUGUGACAGCACUUUUGAGAAUCCGGAAUGGUUCUACAGACAUGUGGAUAUGCAUGGAAUGUGUUCAGACCGUGACGCAACCACAGAUGCUAAUCUAAUAAUCCCCUGCUGUUGGAAAGAUUGUGAAGCAACUUUCAAAGUGAAAUUUAAGCUACGGGAGCAUUUACGUAGUCACACGCAGGAAAAAGUGGUGGCCUGUCCUACCUGUGGAGGGAUGUUUGCCAGCAACACCAAGUUCUUUGACCAUAUCCGGAGGCAGACAGCCAUGGAAUACCAACGGUUUCAAUGCUCCCACUGUUCAAAGAGAUUUGCCACUGAAAGACUACUCAGGGAUCACAUGCGGCAUCAUGUGAACUAUUACAAGUGCCCAUUUUGUGAUAUGACCUGCCCAGCACCUUCUGCCUUGCGGAACCACAUCAAAUUCCGCCAUAGCGAUGAGAAACCGUUCAGAUGCGAGUACUGUGAAUACAGCUGCAAGAACUUGGUGGAUCUAAGAAAGCAUUUGGAUACGCACAGUGAGGAUCCGACUUAUCGCUGUGAGUUUGCAGGUUGUACAUUCAGUGCUCGAUCCCAAUAUUCCAUCAAGUCCCAUUACAGGAAGGUACAUGAGGGGGAUUUGGAACCCAGAUACAAAUGCCAUGUUUGUGACAAAUGUUUCACCAGAGGUAACAAUUUAACUGUACACCUCAGGAAGAAGCAUCAAUUUAAGUGGCCUUCAGGUCACCCACGAUUCAGAUACAAGGAGCAUGAAGAUGGUUACAUGCGGCUGCAAUUGGUACGUUAUGAGAGCGUUGAACUGACCGAACAACUAAUGAAAGACCGGGAAAAGCAGGAAGGCCGCGUGGACAGCACGUCAGAGAGUUUGGUUUUGUCAGAAGCAAACCUAAGAGGGAUUAUACUGGAACCAAUGGAGGAAACAAACAGUGAGGAACAUGAGAAAGGGAGGCACAGCCCUGAUGCUCUGAACUAUUGUACAGCUGAGUACGUGGAACAUCCCAGUCAUGAUAAGGCUGCUGGUGGAGAAGAUCUCCAAGAAUCGUCAUUGGAUUCCCCCGACUUGAAUAAAAAUCCCAUCAUCCGGGUGGUCAAUCGGACAAACGAGCAUGGAGAGAAUGAAACCGUUUACUACGUUCUGACCAAUGCACCACAUACCCCAGGGAACACAGGAGUAUCUGGUGAGGACACAAAUAUGGAGGUUGAGGGAACCUCAGCCGACAAUAUAGAAAAGACUGCGGAAGAACUAGGCAUUCAAAUAAUUGGCUAGGACUAACCACCCACGCAAAUUCUUGAUGCAGAUUUUAAGCCUUGAUCUGAUCUGUAUAUUCUGUUUUACUUUUGAGUCAAGAGUGAGCUUUGUGAUGCUCUAUUGAUUUGGUUGGCCAAAAUGGGGUGUAUUUAUAGUCAUCAUGUUUCUUUUAGUGUACCCUUUCCUUCAAAACAAGGGGUUCAUUAUGUUUUAUCUGUAGCAUUGUCAGGCGCAAUGUGAUCUCUAUUAAAUUAUGCUUUAAUCCUUAGGUUAAACAAAUCUGUUAGAAAAUAGAUUUUGGCAGAUCGUAGGUGGUCAAUGUCAACACAGCAAGUACAGUUUUCACCAGCAAUUGUAUUUUUAUUGUGUAAAAGUCCUCUGGUGUUAUUGCUGUUCAUUUUCGUGAAAUGUACGAUCUUUUUGCCCUGCAGUCCUCUUCACAAACAAUUAUAAAAUAACUCCUUGUUCUUACUCUUGAGGAGUAGAAAUUACUAUAGAAAAUUUCCUUUGUUCUGCCAUUGCUUUCCUUUUGCUCCUUCAGGCACCAUGCCCUAAGAGGUGACCAUGGACUUCCAUUUGGAUUGGUCCAUGAUCUAAGCUUGGUACUGCAGUGGUUUGCCAUUUCCUCCUGCAGUAUGGCUGACCAGGAAACUUUCCCACUCUUGCUUUCUUCCACCAGGCUGAUAAUCAACCUGUUUGGCCACAUUAUGAACGCAUCUUCCUCGGCCAUCAAACCCUGGUGUGGAACUUGAAUCUGGAGCUCUGGGUCCAGAGGCAGCGACACUACCCACUACACCACAAGACUUCCGCCGUUACUUUUACACAGCGGAAUAACAAUAUGAUUCCUGAAAUUAUUAAAAUAAUUUCACUUGAGGGCCAUUGAUCUCUGCCAUCUCGACCUAGAAGCAUUAGCCUUUAGAUCAUAUUGUAUAUCCUGUUUUACUUUUGAGUCGGAGUGAACUUGACUAUAACAAGGACCAAAAAUGUUUUCUAUACUGUAACGAUAGUAUCUUACCACCAGUUUCUCAGCAUACUCAUUUUCCCACUCCCACCUCCACUCUCUUCCCUCACACACCAGUUUUUAAGGAUCUGUUCUGGUUCAAAUCUUAACACCACCUGAACUCAAAAGUAAGUAUUUUCUGGGUGGUUGAUCACUCUUUCUCUUCAUGGCUCUGCUACCCAGCUUUUUGAGUUUUUGCUUUUAACUUCAAUUUGUAUUGUACCUGUCCAAGAUCAAGCAGAAUCAAAUAGACGGAAGACAACUUUAAGAUGCAUCAAAUUCAAAAUAUCAAGAACACGUUAAUUCAAGACUUUUUUUCCCCUUUGUGCAUGUGUAAAACACCAUGUUGCUCCCAGGUUGAUACAACCUGCUUCUUAACCUGUCCCCAGAUGGAGCCUUCCAAUAUUUUUUAAAAGCACCAUUAACUACUGAGUAAUAACAAGAUGUCAUUUGAGCUUCCAUCCUAGGCUUUGGCAUGCAACAUUUAGCCAGUGUGCUACUAGGUAGCUUUGAUUUAGAAGUUUUAACCUGUUCACCAUAUGCCACAUAUUUGCUUCUAAAAGAUGGUGUUAUUUUGGCAAUAUGGGGGGGGAACGAGUUCUUGGGUAAAUAUUAAAGUACAGUGUUCUAAUAUGUAAUUGUUAAGGUUAAUCGUUAAUGUGACUAAAGUGUGUUAGAAUAGUGUGGUGAGCAAGUUUGCUUGAUUCUCUUCACUAGCGUGUGCACUUAGAGGCAUUUCUUAAAAUUCUUUUGCCAAUUGAAGGUUAUGCCUCCUGGCCCCAACUACUUGAAUUGCAACUUUGCCGUGACCAGAUUUUCUGCAGUGUAGGCCUGUCCUUUCCUAUCCGUGAGUGUUAGCCCCUUUAGUAUAUGGGGUGCUCUAGUUCUAAAGAUGCUGUAGUGUUACUGUCAGCCAACACCAGGAGCCACUCUGCCUCCACACAGUAUAUACCUGUGCAUCAAGCAGACAGGUCAGGACCUCAGUGGAGCGCAUUGCUAAUCUUGCACAUCAGCGACCUUAUCUUGCGUUCCGACAAGCUAUAUUGCAAUGGGAAGGCUAUGGAUUUACAUUUUCGCUUUAGGGCACCAAUUAAUUAUGUAGCAGUGAAAAAAUGGAAUGUUGUUGAUAGGGACCAAAAGUAACAUAAUUAUACAGCGCCUUUAAUGUUCCAACACUCUUCAGAGGAACAUUAUCAAACAAAAUUUUACACCAAAUCACAUGAAAUAUUAGGGCAGAUGAUAGAGAGAGGUUUGAAGGAAUGUCUUAAAGGAGAGUUUUAGGAGGGAACUCCGGAGCUUAAGGCCUAGGCAGUAGAAGGCAGGCUGCCUUGCAGCCAGUUUCUCAAUAUGUUCAAUGUGUGGCCAUGCUACUCCUGUUUGUUUUGGAACUUGGAAAUUAUGACCUGAAUUUCUUGGCCCCCUCUGCUGAUAACUCAGUAUGAUGGGUACAGGUUGGGAGGAAAGUUGCUCAGAGUCAGAAGCACUUAGCCUCCACCAAUUUUUGGUAGAACAAUUAAAGUGGGGGAGGCUCAAAAUGGGACCAACACAUAUCUUGAAGCCAUGAAGCAGCAAGAUUUAAGGGGGAAGGCAAAACUUAUAGCUAGGUACAAAUAAACGCAACUGAAAAAGAAAUUGACCCCCGAACUCCUUGGGUUGACAGCAUCAAAUACCUGCUCGGUGCUCACAUGACUGGUCUCUCCUAUGGUGGUUGGUGGGGGGUACCACAGUUUGUAUAUGAGUUAAGGGUGGGGAGGAAAUGGGCCAUAAUUUCCCUCCUUGAACACAACCCAACAAUUACUGCUGGAAAGUUGAUAUGCAUGUUGGAUGGGAGCAAUGUUUGACUUAGCUGUAAAGACUAUCCUGUCCCAGCUGACAAUGGAAACUCGGUGUUAAUGCUCAUGUGGGAACAAUAGUCUCCUGGACAAGAAACUGGAUGGACAAUAUCUGAAAACAGACCCCAGUGGGGAUUGAAUUGUCAUAAGGGGAGAAGGUUAAAAUGGGAAAUUAAGAAAGAUAGACUGAAAGGCAAUACAUUGACAUUUGCUUUAAUGGGGAGAGGGAUAAACAUUGAAGUACCUUCAAGGUUAUGCAAGAUUGCAGCCAGUUUCUCCAUAAGUUCAAUGUGUGGCCAUGCUACUCCUGUUUGUUUUGGAACUUGGAAACUAUGGCCUGGAUUUCUUGUCCCUCUCUGCUGAUAACUCAGUAUGAUGAGUACAGGUUGGGAGGAAAGUUGCUCAGAGCCAGAAGCAUUUAGCCCCCACCAAUUUUUAGCACCCCAUUUCCUGCAAGUGAGGUUGCACUUUACAAUGCAACUUACGGGUCGGUAUGACAUCAGUGGGUGCUAAUUGAGGCAAUACACCCUCUGACAUGUUUCCUAUCUUUAGUGUUGUGGGAACCUUGGGCACCAUGAACUAAUGGGUGUCAUUUGCAGAGCAAUGCAUUACAGAGUGUACAAGGGAUUUGGGUUUCAAAUUUUAACAGAAUUUGGCUGUUUUAUUUUACAUGCAACUCGGAGACUGCCACAAUGCAAAACUGUGAUUGUUGCACUAAAACUUAGAGUCCAGACAGAGGUUAGGGAGUGGACCUAAUAUAAUCCCCCAAGGCCAGAAAACUGGGGAGGCAGAAUUCCCAAGUUGCUGAACACAUUUCAUUUUAAUAACAGCAGAGCACUGAGAGCUGUAAUUUUUUUUUGUUUUUUUUACUCCCCAUACCCUACUGAAACAGAAUGGUACUAUCACUAAAGUUAAAAUUAUUGGAGUGCUAUCUGGAAUAUCUACAUUGUUUCUUUUCGCCCCAUGUUUGUCAGCUGUGCCCUUUGAUCAUGUAACCAUUUUUUUUGUAACUUAUUUUUAGUGUAGUUCUCAAAGGUAGGACUAGAGAGCCUGUACUGCAUUAUUUAGAAUAACUGAAUAGCACUGAGCAAGUAUUAAACUCCUGGAAUGAGACAGAAAAUGCUGGAAAUACUCAGAAGAUCAGGCAGCGUCUGUGGAGAGAGUUAACAUCUCAGGUGGAUUACUCUACAUCAGAACUGUAAGAGAUAUCUGUAAUCAUGGAGUAGAUCCGAAACACGAACGGUGGAGUUUCAGUUGGAAUCUUUACAAUACGUUGGAGCUGGAGUUGGUUGCUAAGGAAGGAGAUGUGGUUGUGGAAUGCCACUUGCCAACCAAUCAGCAUUCUCUUCACAUACAGUAUAAAUUAUUGUUUGCCCCUUAAUUUGGUAUUCUCACGAGUGUCCUGACGAGUGCAAAACAACAAGCUUAGACAUGUCUUUUUUUUCAGCAAAACUCUAGUUCUAGACUCUCCAACCAGAGGAAGCAGGUGCUCACCAUCAAUCUUGUUGAGGCCUCCCAGAAUUUUUUAUGUUUCAAUGAGACCACCUUUCAUAAUCUCCAGAGUAUAGGCCUAUUCUUCAUUUUCUCUCAUCCCAGGAAUCAACCUUGUAAACCUUCAUUGCACUGCAUCUAAGGCAAAUAUAUCUUUCCUUGGGUGUAGAGACCAAACUAUAGAGUAUUCCAGUGUUGUCUCAGAGAAACCCUGUACAAUUAAAGCAGGAGCUCCAUUACUCUCAUACCCCAACCCCAUUGCAAUAACGAUUAACAUGCCAUUUGCCUUCCUAAUUGCUGUACCUAUACGUUAACUUUCUGUUCACUGUGUGCAAGAGCAUCCAGACUCCUCUCUGAACACCAACAUUUAGGUUCUCACUAUUAAAAAUAGCCCAUUUUUCUAUUCUUACCAAAAUGAAUAAGCUCACUAUCUCUACAUGACGUUCAAUUUGUCACCUUGUUGCCCACCCUUUUAUCUACAAUACCUUUGCAGACUCUUGUGUUUUCACAGUUUACUUCCCCACCUAGCUUUAUACCGCCAGGCAAACCUGAUAUACUCCGUUGCUUCAUCCAUGCCAUUAAUAUGGAUUGUGAAUCGCUGAGGUCCCAGCACUGAUCCUUGGGGCAUCCCACUAGUAAUAGAUUUUGUUCAAUUUUGAAAUUACAAUGCAUCCUUUGCCCUCCACUGGAAAAGCAAAACCUCAUUUCAGACUGCUGAGUUCUGGGCUUCAGCUGACAGGAAUCCGCAAGUUGCAUGUUAAAUGUUUGAACAGGAGUCUGUGCCUUUGGAUCAGCGAAAGGAACUUUCUGAUCAUUUUGUUCAUCCAUCCUUCAGUUAAGCAGAGCAGAGGCAAUGAUGCUGAAGGAUACAAACCUUUUAACCCUUUCAGCUGGGCAAGGUUACACUGAGAUUUGUUUCCUUGAAUGUUGGAGGGAAUAUAACUGGUGAAACAUGGAGGAUUGGAAAUAUCUUCUUUGUGUGUUUAGCCACUUGAGUAUAAAAUUGCAGCAAAUGUUUGUACUUUAUCAAAACAACUGUUGACUAUUGGCCAUGGUAAUGUGAAGCAGGCACCUUAACCUCUGUGUUAAUACAUUGCUUGUAAAUUUUUAUAAUAAAAGCAGAACAACACCUUGA